AAUGUCAACCACACACCGAAAGGAGGAGAUUUGAAGAUAGUUUCCGUGAAGUCGGAUUUUUCAAAAGUUAAGUCACGUGUUGGAUCAUUAGACAACAUCAAUCACGUACCAAAAGGUGGUAAUGUUAAAUUGCUUUCCAGUAAACCGAAUUUUACGAAAGUACAUUCGCGUGUAGGUUCCUUUGAUAAUAUUGAUCAUAUUCCAAAAGGUGGUGAUAAAAUUAUAUUUAAUGAUAAUUUAAGCUUUACAAAUGUAAAAUCUCGUGUCGGUUCUUUGGAUAACAUUCAACACGUUCCUAAAGGUGGUGAUGUUAAAAUAUUUGAUGAAAAAUUAAAGUUUAGAGAAUUAGCUACUCCAAAAAUAAUUAGUUAUUCUUCCACCACUUCUAGCGUUGAUUCUUCGGUUAUCGCUGAUGAUGAUCGAUCAAGCCUUGUUAAUAGUCCCAUAUCUUCUCUCGCUUUGGAUGAUGUUCCUGAAGAUGAUAAUGAUAGUCCUCCCUCACAUGAGGAAUAUCAGACAUUAUAUAAUACUCCUCAUACGCCUGUUAUCGAAGUGAUGUCUCCUAUUAUGGAACGUUUCGAAGAAGAAGAAAUACGUGAAGAUUUAUCUCAUAUCGUCGAAACUGGAUUUCAUGAUUCAUUUCAGGAAGCAAACAAACACACCGAAUUUUCUUCUCAAAAUAAUUUCAUUGAUAAUGAUCAAUACUUUUCUGGAAAAGAAACACAUUAUCAACAUGGAAUCGUUUGUGAUGAAGUUAACGAUGAAGAAGAUUUUCAAGGAAAUCCUACUUCUAAAAGAGAAUCCACUAUAUUUUUUACUGAGAAUCCUUUAAAUGAUUCUGAUUUAUCUUUUGAAGUUAACGUUCAAAGAAAAUCAUUUUUAUUAUCUAAUGCUGAUAUAAAUUCUAUAGAUGAAGAUAUAAAUCCCGCUCCAUCAAAAGAAAUGGUUCAUACGGUUGAAAUUCCUCCUAAAAAUGAAAAUGAUUUUCAAAAACUUGAAUUAACUUUCGCUCAACAACGUAUUUAUGAUGAAUCUUGGCUAUAA